GCCGUCACGUGAGGGCGGCGCAGGCCCGGGGGGAGGCGACGGCGGCGGCGAUGUAGCGGCCGGGGUUCGGCAGUUCGAUGAGUGACAGCGCCGAGCCGCCGCGGAGCUCAGCGGGCCGUGCCGUCCCCCCGCCGGGAGAGCAGCGAGCCGAGGGCGGCGAGUGCCUCGCAGCCCUGGUAAAAUGUGACAGGAUGACACAGGAGAAAAAGCGAACCAGCCGCACCGUCACGCUGGCUAAAAAGAUUAUCAUGAGAGAUCCAUCUGCACAACAUGGAAUUGGGCGGCCUAGUGUUUAUCAUGCAGUAGUCGUCAUCUUUUUAGAAUUCUUUGCCUGGGGACUGUUAACUACUCCAAUGCUAACAGUUUUGCAUGAAACCUUUCCUAAGCAUACAUUUUUAAUGAAUGGCCUUAUUCAGGGUGUAAAGGGGUUCUUAUCAUUUAUGAGUGCUCCAUUAAUAGGUGCUUUGUCUGAUGUGUGGGGAAGAAGAUCAUUUCUUUUGUUAACGGUGUUCUUCACAUGUGUCCCAAUUCCAUUAAUGAUAAGGCCAUGGUGGUAUUUUGCUAUUAUUUCAGUGUCCGGAAUUUUUGCAGUCACUUUUUCAGUGAUAUUUGCAUACGUAGCUGACAUUACACAAGAGCACGAGAGGAGUACAGCAUAUGGACAAGUAUCAGCAACCUUUGCAGCAAGCUUGGUAAUUAGUCCUGCCAUUGGUGCUUAUCUUUCUAGUAAAUAUGGAGAUGAUCUGGUGGUACAUGUGGCCACUGUAAUUGCAGCAUUGGACAUCUGUUUUAUCUUGGUGGCUGUGCCUGAAUCUCUCCCCGAAAAGGUUCGACCAGCUUCACGAGGAUCAGCUUUCUCAUGGGAGCAAGCAGACCCUUUCUCUUCCUUGAAGAAGGUUGGGAAGGACACCACUGUGCUGCUAAUCUGCAUAACUGUGUUUCUCUCGUACCUGCCUGAAGCUGGACAGUACUCCAGCUUUUUCCUUUAUCUUAGACAGGUUAUAGAUUUUUCUCCUGGGAAUCUUGCAGCCUUUAUAGCUGUGGUGGGAAUCCUCUCUAUAAUAGCACAGACUGUAUUCCUUGGUAUCCUAAUGAGGUCCAUUGGUAAUAAGAACACAGUUCUUCUUGGUCUUGGAUUUCAAAUGUUGCAACUAGCUUGGUAUGGCUUUGGAUCCCAGCCCUGGAUGAUGUGGGCAGCCGGAGCUGUAGCAGCAAUGUCCAGUAUUACUUUUCCAGCAAUAAGUGCUCUGGUUUCAACCAAUGCAGAUUCUGAUCAGCAAGGUGUUGUCCAAGGCAUGAUCACAGGAAUCAGAGGAUUGUGCAAUGGCCUCGGACCUGCUCUGUAUGGAUUUAUUUUCUACCUGUUCCAUGUGGAGCUGGAUGCAGUCCCUGACAAAACAGUUAAUGUGCAAACUUCCAAAAUAGAGGAAUCAAUUAUCCCUGGACCACCUUUCUUAUUUGGAGCCAUUACAGUCCUGGUAGCUUUUUUGGUUGCCUUAUUUAUCCCUGAGCACAACAUGUCUGGUAAAGCCAAUAACGUGAGGAAGCAUAGCAUCAAUCUCGGCAACAUUCCCACCACUCCUCCCGUUGGCAGUGAUGAGGACAAUGAGCCGCUGCUGCGGGACAGUAGUGUAUGAAGGGACCAGCUUUAUGGCAUUGAAGGAAAAUAAACAGAUCCAAACAAAGAACAAUCUGUUAAAUGCAAUAGAACUACUGGUCAUUGAAAAACCAAAGGGAGUCAUUUUGAAGAAGGACUUUAAGGUCCGUGAAAGUCGAUGUACCAGGAUGCUUUUAUUGCAAGCUACUUGAACAAAUGUUUCCAGCACUGCCAGUUCUUCAAGUACUUGUUUGAAGUGUUAUCCUGAUGGUGGUAAUUCCAGUUUAGUUGACUAAUCGAUGCUCAGAUAAUUUUGGAGAAAGAUGCAUUCAGAUUCACAUCUCAGGGUUGUAACUUGUGCAUCAGUGGAAAGGGACAAUAUUUUGUACAUGUUAAUCCGAUCAGUUUAUUACCCCAGAAUAAUGAACUCUCGGAUUUCAGUUUUGUUACAUCUGUCUGCAAAUAAUGUAGACUGCUAACCCCUCAACAACAACACAAUCUACUGUAACAGACUGCAUUCAUUUCACAUCACAUUUAUUUGUGUUCAGUCCCUUUUCUCCACAAAGUGGAGCUGAAACAAAGGGAAAGGAUCUGAAUAGUGAUGUAUGUAUUGAUCUUUGAAGACGGCUAUGCAACUCAUAAGUUCAGUUAACUUGGCAAACUUUAGAAGAAUGCAAACUUUGAAACUGCAGCCCAACAUUCCCACAGCCUACAAAUUUGAGCAAAAUAUAUCGUGAGAAUGUGAAGCUCACUAUUUUGGUGACUAUUUGCAGAUGAAGAAUUCCCUUUAGAACCAUAGUGGUUACAUUAAAUGAGCUAUCAUUUUUUUUGUGUUAAAAUGCCAGGCAAUUUAACUGUCUGUAAUUAAAGAAAUACUAGUUUCUUUAGAGUUUUAUAUGGAUAGUUAAAUGAGCAUUUUAAGGCUUGUAUAAAUCCUAUGGCAGUGGCUUGAAGAAUCCAAUUUAUUGCUUUUACUUUAAGGUACAAAUAAAAUUUGACCUGUGAAAGUAACUACAGUUUUGUAAAAAAGAACAAUAUUAAUUAUCUAAUCAUACUAUUUUUGACAAAAUUUAUAUUUAACAUUUAAAACAAAGUAUAAUGGGGAAUAUAGAGAAACCUUUUGUACUCGUGAAAAGCUGCCUAUUAUUAAAAGUCCAAAUGGUUUUACUAAAACUGAAAAAAGUUGUCCAGUUUAGCAGAAUAACAAUGUCUUUGUUCUUUCCUUGCACUUGGCCUCAGCUGCUAACUGUGCACAGCCUCAAACACAUUAAUCUGCUACCUCAGCUUUAGCCUAUAUGCAGCUUCAUAGGCCUGCUCAUAUCCACCCUUCUUCGCUCUUGUGCUUUAGGGCUCUAGCCUGUAUGAAUGAUAUUCAGUUUGAACUUUGGUUCUGAGAUGUUCUCUUGGCAUGUACAAAAACUUCUUCCCUGAUGUUUAUGAAACUCCUGUUUAUUAUGUUUGAAAGAUGCACGCUUCUGAUGAAAAAUUAUUGAUCCAAAUGUACACAAAUAUACUGUUGGAUGAAAUUGUUUCAUUAAUUUAAUAUUUUAAUCAUAAAAGUCUGAUUGGUAAAAUGAUCAUUAAAUUUAACUAUGGAAAUUGGUAAACAUUUUUGUAAUUGUUACUGUAAACCAUGGCUUUUUUUUUGGGUAAACUUUUUCAAAUGAAUCAUCCUUAAUUAGUUUUUGUGGUCUGAUAAGCAGUGAAGAUCUGCCUACCCUCCCAAAAAUAUCAUCUCCAAAAACACAUAUUUCAAUAUUGCCUGUUGUUUACUUGUGAAACCAAUACAGAAACUAAAUGCUCCCCCUUGAAAUCUGUUUUUUUUUAAAAUUCAUAUAUAUAUAUAAUGUUUCCAUGAUUCUUGGUGGUCUUUGUCUUCAAAUACAAACUGAAGAAAUGCACUGAACAAAGUUAUUUUGGGAUUAUAGCACAUAUUAAAAUGAGGUGAUCAUCUACUUAAUUUCUGUUUAUUGGGUUAAGAACAAAUAUGGGGAAAGGCAAAAGCCUAAGUUAUGACUCUCCACAAUUGCAUUUGCUAUCUUUAAAAGUACUUAGUGAAGUGUGAUUUUUCUAAUUGGUGUUACUGAAACAGCUCAACUGGCAUCCCUAAAAAUAUUAUU